AGAAAGAGAAAGAGUGAGAGAGAGAGAGAGACUGGUCUGGAACACGAGGCCAUCACGCGGCAAACAACUGAAGAUAAUCAAUCGUUCGACCGUAGAACAUCGACGCUACCAAAGGACUAUUUUCUUCGAGAUUAAUAGAUGUUUCAUUUGGAUAUUAUUAUUGGAUAUUAUUAUCUAUCUGUUUGGAUAUGCGCGCGCACGAGUGUCAAAGUAUCUCUCCUCUCGAUUUCGUUUGAUCGUUAUUAUUGAGUAACAGUUCCGACAUCGAACAGAAAUCGCAACGUUUUCAUCGGUCACUGACGUAAGGAUACCGAUCAUAUAUUUGAUCUCGUCACGAUGUCUAAAUCGGGGACUAAUGUACCGAUCAUGACUCGAUCGAAAAAAGAAGAAACGUUAAACGAUCCAAAAUUAUUGCUUAAUGAAGUAAAAAAUGAAGCUACAAGUAAAGCGAGCAUUGAGAAGGAAAAAGUUGAUGUGCCGGUUGUAAAACAGCAAGUACAAUCGACGAAGGAAGUUAUUAAAACUGAUGUACAAGUUGAAAAGAGAACGUUGGAACAAUCGGUCGAGAAGAAAGUCGAGAAGAAAUUUGUUAUCGAGAAACCCACGGACAAAGAUCGAUCAUCCUCAAAAAACGAUGAAUCUUUGAUCCUUGAAAAAAAUAAACCAAAAGAUCCACCUGCUUUGAAGAAAGAUGAAUCUUUGAUCGUCGAAAAAAAUAAACCAAAAGAAGAAAAACGAUCUGCUUUGAAGAAAGAUGAAUGUUCGAUUCUCGAAAAGAAUAAACCGAAAGAAGUUCGACCUUCUUCGAGGAAAGAUGAAUAUGUUAACUUCGCCAAAAAUAAACCAAAAGAUGAAGUUUGCCCUUUUUUAAAGAAAGACGAAAUUGUGAAACCGGAAGAAAAUAAACCAAAAGAUGAAGUUUGCCCUUUUUUAAAGAAAGACGAAAUUGUGAAACCGGAAAAAAAUAAACCAAAAGAUGAAGUUUGCUCUUUUUUGAAGAAAGACGAAAUUGUGAAACCGGAAAAAAAUAAACCAAAAGAUGAAGUUUGCCCUAUUUUGAAGAAAGACGAAAUUGUGAUACCGGAAAAAAAUAAACCAAAAGAAGACGUGCGAUCUUCUUCGAAGAAAGAUGAAUUUGUGACUCUCGAAAAAAAUAAACCAAAAGAAGAAAUUCGAUUUUCUCCGAAGAAAGAUGAAUCUUUGCUCCAUGAAAAAAAUAAACCAAAAGAAGAAAAUCCAUCUGCUUUGAAAAAAGAUGAUUCUUUGAUCCUUGAAAAAAAUAAACCAAAAGAAAAAGUACUAUCUUCUUCGAAGAAAGAUGAAUUAGUAAUCGUCGAAAAAAAUGUACCUAAAGAAGAAGUCCGAUCGUUCCCAAAGAAAGAUGAAUAUUUUUUCCUCGAAACAAAUAAACCAAAAGAAGUUCGAUCUUCUACGAAGAAAGAUGAAUCGUCCAUUCUCGAAAAAAAUGUAGCAAAAGAAGAACUUCGAUCAUCUUUGAAGAAAGAUGAAAUUUGUAUCCUCGAAAAAAAUAAACCAAAAGAAGAAGAUCGAUCUUCUUCGAAGAAAGAUGAAUCAUUGAUCCACCAAAAAAAUAUACCGAAAGGAGAAUUGCAAACAUCCUUGAAGAAAGAUGAAUCUUUGUCCCACGAAAAAAAUAAACCAAAGGAAGAAGUUCGAUCAUCCCCGAAGAAAGAUGAAUUUGUGAUCGUCGAGAAAAAUAAAUCAAAAGAAGAUGAUCGAUUUUCUCCGAAGAAAGAGGAAUUGUUUAUCGUCGAAAAAAAUAAAUCAUUUAAACCCUCGAACGUUGCUGUACCAAGAAUACGUCAACCCUAUAUGCCACCGAUAACCAAUGAAUCUCCAAUCGUAUUAUCUACACAUUUAGUACCGUCCUUACCAAUCUCUCUUUUCGAAUUAUUGGCCGAAGUUAUCGAAGUUGCAACAGAAAGGCCUGUUAAUAUUUUAUACGAGCCAAGAUCUAAUAGAAAAGUUCCAAAAAAUAUCACUGAUAUCGCCAUUUUGUCGGCCAAUGAAGAAUGGGAAGAUGGUGAACUUCUGCCAGUAUCUUUCAUAUUUAAACAUCGUCUGAAUAAGGAUAAUUCACCUUUGGUUUAUGCCGACGUUAUCAUUGCUUCAGAUCUCACACCUCAGGAUAUCAUUGAUAUGCGUGGACACAGAUGUGCUUUGCCUGAUAGGUCUAAAAAAGUAGGAGCUACAACACUAUUGUAUAAUUACUUGCAUUCUGUUGGAGAAGGUCCAGCUUUCUUCGGCAACACGUUAGAUGUCGAUUCACAAAUAGCCGUUUUACAAAUGGUCGCCGGUAAACAAGCCGAAGUUGGCGUUUUGGAAGCUCCUGUUAUUAUGUGUCAAAAAGAUACUUUGCCAGGCAUAGAAUCACUUCGUGUAGUUACAAGCUUGGGACCAUUACCGCCCUAUCGCAUUAUGGUUAAUAAAAAUAUAUCUGAUAAUCUUGUAAGGAAAUUAACGUCAUCUCUACUCAAUUGUAAUGAGGAUACAGAACGAUUGGAGAAACUAGCAUCUUAUGGAAUCUUAGGUUUUGCCAUUAAUUCCACAGAUUACUAUGAAUUUAGUGAUGUUAAGUCUGCCAUUAAAAGGGGACCGUAUUAUUGAAUUUAUCUCUCAUUUACAUUGUAUUAAAUAUGAUCUAUACCUUACUACAUUUAUCGUUGGAAAAAAAUAAACACGCAUAUAAAUUUUAUAUUAUAAAAUAAA